UUGCAUAAGUAUAAGCGGAAGGCCUUUCUCAUCGAAUAAGAUGGCAACUGUUGCAGCUGCACACGUCUGUUUUGCAACCUUAAUGAAUAAUGUAAUAGCUAAACGCCGCAAACCAGAAGUGGCAUUUAACAACCACGUAUACAACUGAAAACACAUGGACAUCAAGCUUUUUUGAAAAUCAGACACACAGGGUUUAAGCGGAAACGGAAGUAUACGAGAACCCGCUGCCACUUCUGUAGACGUUUUCCCACAAUCCACCUUGACAGGCAGAAGGCGCCUUUUGUAGCUCCUGCAUGUCAACAAGGAGGAGCGGAAGAGACCCAGCUUUAUUUAAAACAUUGACGCAUGAAUACAAUAACACGCUAGCUUUGUAGGACAAUUCGCUUAUUUUUCAUUAAUCUGUUUAACGGCUUUUACGUUAACCUUCCCCGAUAUGGCUCCGUUCAGUUUCAUAAACGCAAGCGUUAGCCUGUUGGCUAAAUCCUUCAGUGUCUUGUCCUGCACAAGCACUCUGGCAAGGUGUACCAGUGCCCUCCCCACUGCGUACGUCAGCCCGGUGAAAUGGCUGACCACACAGGCCUGUGGCCGUCCAAAGAGACCUCUUAAUGCAUACUUGAGAUAUGUCGUGCAACAGAAGCCAAUCAUAAUCGAACAAAACCCAGAAAUCAAACCAGUGGAUGCCAUCAGGAAGAUUGCCCAACAGUGGAGAAUGAUGAGCCCACAACAGAAACAGCCGUUUGAGGAGGCAUCUCUGCAGGCCAUGGAGCAGUUUAAGGUGGACUUCCAGAACUAUCAAACCCAGCUGACCCCAACACAGAUCCAGCAACAGGUCCUGGAGAAGAAGCAGAGAAUGGCCAAAAGGAAGGCCCACCGCAAGAAGAGGGAGUUAACCAGCCUGGGGAAGCCGAAACGUCCUCGUUCUCCCUUCAACAUCUUCAUGUCAGAGCACUUUGAAGAGGCCAGAGGAGCCACCACACAGGCAAAGAUGAAGUCACUGUUGGAGGAUUGGAGGAAUCUGUUCAACCAUCAAAAAAAGGUCUACGCACAGUUGGCUGAGGAUGAUAAAAUUCGCUACAAGAAUGAGAUGACGUCGUGGGAGGACCACAUGGUGGAGAUUGGAAGAGCAGACCUGGUUCGAGAGCAAACCCUGUCUUUCAAGAAAAAACAUGCUGCUGCAGCCAAGAGAGAAAGAAAGGCUAAGGCUAAAGCGGCAAAGGACGACGCUGCCACAGGAAACAUGACAAUAAAAACAACCAGGAAGACAGUAAAAAGUAGCCCCACAAAAACUGUCAGCACCACUAAUAAGACAUAAGAUGUUUGUAUCUACUGACUCUGGAGGAAGAAAGGUGUGUUCAAGGACAACUGAAGACAGGAGUGCUGAUAACCCAGGGCUGCGCCCUGCUUGUUUCUUUCGCCACUAACUUGAACGUGGCAAACCUCCUAGUUGCUGGUAAUGCUUCUUCAACAGGGCAAACCUUUUAUCAUGCUUAGACAGGUCAAGAUAAUUUCACAGCACCCCAGUAAUGCCUGUUUAGUGGAAGUGACACCAAAUAAACCCUGAAAACAUGA